UCCGAAGAGCUAAGUGCCUGCCGGUUGACCCUUUGUAUACAAAACACUAUUAUUACAGGCGGCGCGAAUACAAAUCAAUUGGAGACAAUGCAGACGGCCUUCCGUGGGCAGACCGCCUGUGCUCUCCGCACCGUGCUGCGCCCAUCGCCACUUGCGGGCAGCCUCGCGCGGCCCGUGGCGCGGCCUCUACGCGUGGAAAGCAAAAAGGGUGAUAACCGAGGCAAGGCAGUCGCAAAGGAGAACCUGCCCACAAAGGUGUGCGCCACGUGUGGCCUGCCCUUCACCUGGCGCAAGAAGUGGGAGAAGGUGUGGGACGAGGUCAGGUACUGCUCGGACCGCUGCCGCGGCAACCGCGGCAAGUCGGCUGCUGCUGCGGGCGCGCCUGGAUCGGAUUCAGAUUGACAUCUGGAUUGACCGGGCUGCAGCUGAGGUGGCGGCGGGCGCGCGGGACGCGCCUGCACACCACCCGGUGCUUGAGGGUCGCGAUGGGGUGGGACUGACCGGGCACGUGAAUGGUGGUGAUUGUGGCGGGAGGGAUGGAUCAAGAAAUGGACAGGAAAACCGAGACUGAUAUGUAGAAGACAUGAUGGCAGGGGAAAAGAUAAUGGAGUGGAGCGGCUCCUGUGUGGCUCAUACGCGCUAUACUUAGUAUCCCGGCAAGUGGACGUGCUUACUGCCAAGCAUGAGUGACGGAGAGCAGAUGCGGUGAGCAAUGACCAUGUCUGACGAACGAACGCAUACAGACUCGCACGGGUUGCGUAAACGGUUGGUUCAGUGGUGCUGAGGGACAAGCUGGACCGGCGGUAGUGCCUCCCGACUGACUGACACAGUGACCUGUGAGCCAGCGUAAGCGAUCAGCGUUGAGGGAUGCCGUAGGGAUGCACCGAGAGCUGGACGCAACCAAGCCACAGACUGGCGUCCGUAGACGAUCCGUGCAUACGGGACCUCUUUUGAUGACCUUUUGUGGACCGCUGUUGAGGGCUUGAUGCUGUCGGUUACGCCGGACUGGGGUGGCGCGGCCCCGGCGUGAAGAAAGAUGUUGCCAGGCGGUAUGCAGUCAGGUGCACUGCCUAAAUACCGUAUUCGGGGAUGCGAAGGGCUCCACAGACAUUCCCGUAUGGAGGUUGUGCAUAGGGCUUUAUUAUGGGUAGUUUAAGAGCCGGAAGCGUGCAUGAAGGCUUGAAGGAGAGGGAGGUGGAGCGGCCAUCUGCGGCUAAGGGCAGCGUUGGCCGAUGUGUCUGGAGGGCGGUAGCAAGGCUGUGAUGCAGGUGAGUAUGCUGCAUUAUAGCUAAUUGUAUGCGCUGAUGUUGGGCGGUUGGGCUGGGGGCAUCGUUGAUGGUGUGCAGGGACACGCGGGCCCGCUACUCGAUGGUGCGCCCCGUGGUUGUCGCCUGUGGGAGGCGGGGGAAGCUGCCUUGGUGAAGUAUGGCAGGCCGGCGCGUUUCAUGGCCUGUCGAGUCGUUAGCCGGGCUGGUUGCCCAUGCAUAUUUUCCAACGCCUCGGGCGGUCGGGGGGCUGGUUAAGGUAAAAGUUGUUGCAGACCGUUCGAGAGCCAUGUCGCCGCUUGCAAUUUCUGUCCCAAACAAGCGUUU